CGCCUCGUUUUUUCACCCUUACUGCUUAUUUGACUGUUCACUACGAUGCCCACACGCGCUCAGAGAGGAUUGCGUCACGCCCGCAAUGCCUCGGCAGGAUCGUCCAAGGCUGGGCUCAACCUCCACUUCACCCAGAAAGAGCCCGCACCACCAAAGGCCGUUGGCCAGGCCAAGAAGCACGGCGAGGUCCUUACGCGCACGGGUUCUGGCUUGGGGAGGACGAACAGCGCGGUGCGCGUGCAGUCCAAGGACCAAAUAGCCCCCGCGCAUCCGAAGAAGUCGGCGGGCGCGCACGCGGGUCAUAGAAAGGGUGUAACGACGAGCUCGCGGCAUAAGGCCGGAUUUACGAUUGCGAGCCCGUCUACGGAUGAUGAAGACGAGGACGAAUGGAUAUCCAGCGAAGCCCCCAGCGGCGCCGCUACUCCGAAACAGACUGAAUCCGAUGACGAAGAGGAGGAGGAAGUGGCCCCUCCGCCACAGCCAAGACCACCACAACAUCAACAGCAAUUCCAGGUUCCGCCAGCGCAGCACGCGAAGCCACCGACGAACGGGGCCAUAAUAACGAGCGGCUCGUCUCAACAAGUGACGACCCCUCAAGCCGCUCCCCAGACACCAGCCCCUCCACCGCAGACGCGCGUCACGGCAGCCACACCUCGCACGCCGGAAACGCCGUCGACCAGCUCUCCCCCUUCCCCAUCUACCCCGAUUGACACUCGCCCUCCCCUGGCCCGCCAACUGGGGGCCAACGGGUAUGGGACGCGCUCAGCAGCCACCUCGCCGACGCAUCACGACGACGCCCGUUUUCGCCGUUCGGUGACGCGCCCGCCCUCCACGCACUCUGUCACGCGUCUCGACGCGCCGCUCCGACCGCACCCUCUCAUCCGCGCGCACUCGCAGGGGCGCGACAGCUUGCUCACGGUCAGCAGCAAGCCGGCCCCCCUCGCACCCCUUAUGACUGCCGAUACCCCUCGCGCGCAGCUGCACACGCUUUCCGCAUCGCCGCCCUCCCCCGCGAGCACGCGCACGGAGACGACUGCCUCGCCCGAGCUGCCCUCACCAUCGCACACGUCGACGCAGAACCGGCGCACGUCUAUCUCCUCCGCGCGCUCUGUCGCUACGAUGCCCGUCCUCACGCAAACGCCGACCUCCGCCGUCUCCUCAAUGAAUUGGGCGCCGCACGACCGCACCCGCACCAUGUCCACGAUGUCCUCCUCGUCCGCCAGUUCGCUUGCCGCGAUUGCUUCCCGCAGUGGUGCAGUCAAGCGAUCCGUGCAAGCCCAGCAGCAUGCGCAGACGCAUUACAUAUGUCACCUCCCGCCUCUACCACCGGCUGGCGUCCUGGAGGCGACGCGUCCGCUGCUGCCACAGCCAUACCUGUCCCAGCACGUCAACGUGCUCUCGUACCGCAAUCCCAUGCAGGAGUCGUACGAUCGUGUCAUCCGCGCCAAGUAUGGUCGUGUUCGGUGA